ACUGCAGACAUAGUACAGGAGAUGGCCAAAGACUGCAGGCAUGGUACAGGAGAUGGACAGAGACUGCCGACAUGGUACAGGAGAUGGCCAGAGACUGCUGACAUGGUACAGGAGAUGGCCAGAGACUGCCGACAUGGUACAGGAGAUGGCCAGAGACUGCCGACAUAGUACAGGAGAUGGCCAGAGACUGCCGACAUAGUACAGGAGAUGGCCAGAGACUGCCGACAUAGUACAGGAAAUUACCAGAGACUGCGGAUGUACUACAGGAGAUGACCAGCGACUGCAGACAUGGUACAGGAGAUGGCCAGAGACUGCCGACAUGGUACAGGAGAUGGCCAGAGACUGCCGACA